UUUGCGAGAGUGACUUCCCUUUAACUAGAGCUCCGCGAACGGGCUAUAUUGCUGUGAGGAGCUUGGCAGUGAUGGCGACAGCAAUGUUGAAUAUUGUUCGCUUACAAAAUAUCAACACAUUUUAUAAAUCUGUCACGCCACGCAUAUCACAGGGCUUGAAAUGUUUCUCGACCAGCAAAAGACACGAUGCCAAGUUCUUUAAGAAUGCAGGUGAAGCUGUGUCUGAUAUUCCAGAUGGAUCCAAACUUCUGGUUGGAGGGUUUGGUCUUUGUGGCAUCCCAGAAAACUUGAUCAGAGCUUUGAUUCACAAACAAGUCAAAGUUCUAACUGUUGUCAGCAACAAUGCAGGCGUUGAUAAUUUUGGACUGGGUCUUCUGCUGAAAGAAAGACAGAUCAAGCGAAUGAUCUCAUCGUAUGUCGGAGAAAAUGCAGAGUUUGAGCGUCAAUAUUUAUCUGGGGAGUUGGAAGUGGAACUGACACCACAGGGCACCCUUGCUGAGAGGAUCCGUGCUGGUGGCGCCGGUGUGCCAGCCUUCUUCACUCCCACUGGCUAUGGCACUCUCAUACAUGAAGGUGGAGCACCUAUCAAAUACAACUCGGACGGCUCCAUUGAUAUUGCCAGCAGUCCAAGGGAGUGUCGGACUUUCAGUGGUGUGCCCUACAUUAUGGAGGAGGCCAUAACAGGGGACUUUGCCCUGGUGAAGGCCUGGAAGGCAGAUAAAGCAGGAAACCUCACAUUCAGGAAGACAGCACGUAACUUCAACCCACCAAUGUGUAAAGCCGCGACCAUUACUAUAGCUGAGGUGGAGGAGAUUGUGGAUGUUGGAGAAAUCCCUGCAGAAGAUGUCCAUGUGCCCCACAUUUAUGUGCAGCGUGUCAUCCGUGGACCAAAGUAUGAGAAGAGGAUUGAGAGGUUGCGGUUGACAAAAGAAAAAACAAAGGAUGAAUCUCAUGAUGCUGGCGCUCUGAUGAGGGAGAGGAUAAUCAAGCGAGCUGCUGUGGAAUUCCUUGACGGCAUGUAUGUAAACCUUGGUAUUGGAAUGCCCAUGUUGGCCAGCAACUUUAUCCGCCCGGGUAUCAACGUCAACCUGCAGAGUGAGAACGGCAUCCUUGGACUGGGUCCGUUCCCCCGUCCUGGUGAGGAGGAUGCAGACCUCAUCAAUGCAGGCAAGGAAACUGUGACUAGCAUAGAGGGUAGCUCAUACUUCUCCAGUGAUGAGUCUUUCGCCAUGAUUAGAGGGGGCCAUGUAAGCUUGACCAUCUUGGGAGCAAUGCAGGUAUCCAGAUGUGGGGAUCUAGCAAACUGGAUGAUUCCGGGGAAGAUGGUGAAGGGGAUGGGUGGUGCCAUGGACCUGGUGUCCAGCCACAAGACAAAGGUCAUUGUCACAAUGGAACAUGCUGCAAAGGGUGGGAAGCACAAGAUCCUGUCUGAGUGCAGCCUUCCGCUGACUGGCAAGCAGUGUGUGGACAUGAUCAUCACAGAGAAGGGAGUGUUCACAGUGAGUCCCGAGGAAGGGUUGACGCUGAUCGAGAUAGCUGAUGGUGUGACCGUAGAGGACAUUGUGGAGAUAACAGGGGCUGAGUUCAAGGUGUCCCCAAACCUCCAGCCUAUGGCCCAGGUUCAGGUUUAGGUCCAGUGUUUAUGGUGCCAGCUCUACUGCACUACAGUCAGCACUGGCUUCCUGAUCCACCUGCAGACGAGGUAUUGGAGCAUGAGUUCCUGAUUUCAAGAUGCAGCUAUUAUUUACAGUGUGAUACUAUUAGUCUCAUGGGAUUAGACUAUACAAACUAACACGAAUAACACAAUAAUUUUUUUUGUGUAAGCUUCUAAACCAGCUGAUAUGCUUGUGUCACAUAUCAGGGUUCCUGGUGUGAAGGUCUUGUUACUGUCAAGCAUCUAUGUAGGUGAUGAAAUGACUACCUUUGUGACAUGUCUCCUCUGGCAUGUUGCACACAUGAAUUAAAAUGUAAAGAAGGUAACACAGUAAGCAAGUUUGGGCAUAUCUACUUGUUGAAGAAAACUACAGGUCACCUUCACAUUCUCGUUUGCUUUUAAUAAUGUUUAAUGAAUUACCCUGACCAGAGAUUACUUCACAGCAUUUUGUCAUGUUGUGAAUCCGUCACAUAGGCAGUUCUGGAUCCAACAAACAUUAAACUGAAUGUAAGAUGAAGCACCAAACCUACAUAACAUUCUGUGUUCUUGUAUGCUCAGGGAGAACUGAUGUGACGUAAAUGAAUCCAAACUUCAGUUGUGUAUGCUUUGAUAGUACAGAAUUAACCUAUGAUUGUGGGUUCGAAUCCCAGUUCACCCCAAUUAUGUUUCUAGGUUUGUCAGCACCAUACCUGUGCUCGUGGAUUUCCCAAAAGUGGUAAACAUUGGAGACCUAGAUCACUUACAGGCUUUCCUCCCACAUAAAGCUGAAAUGCUGUCAUAUAAUAGGAAUACUGGUUGGCAUUAAAACAAACUCACUCCAAAUGUGUGUCUGCUAGACAAGAUCAUGCCCUGCUUCAUGCAGUGGGAUGUUGCCUGUGCAGCCACACAACUCUCAGAUUGGGCAUUGUUUUCCAUUCAAAUAUGACUGCCUGUUUUGCUGUUCACAGUAUUAUAUUCUAUAACAACUUGUAGUCUGUAUGUUCUUUUGGUGUAGGAUAAUUGACUGUGUCGUGUGUAUUUAGAAGUUUACUUUGAUAUGUGUGUAAUAAACAGAAUAGCGUCAAACCCCAGCCUACUGAAUGGGGAACCUGGUACUGUACUGUGUUGGAUGCAGUCCUGUCUCGGUAGUAGAGGUGGAUCUAACACACAACUUUUAUCUAGGUGUCUCUUGGUUAAUGAUGAAACUGUGUGUGUGCUUGAGUGUGCUUGGAAGGUGGAGGGCAAUAGUGCUUCAUUUUAAGCUAACAGAUCACAUUUUAUAUCCUCUUUUAAUAUAAGUAUUUUAUUUAAGAUGUACAUAUAUUUCCUUUUACACAUUGGAUAAUUUUUAAUCAGUAACGUUUUAUUAUAAGCAGAUGUUUUAUGUCUACCAGUAGUUUAUGAAGCUAUUGAGUGUACUGGUAAAUACAGCUCCAACUCAUGUUCCUUUGGGACUUCUUGGGCGGUCGGGUAGCCUAGUGGUUAAAGCGUUCGCUUGUCACGCUGAAGACCCAGUUUUGGUUCCCUACAUGAGUACAAUGUGUGAAGCCCUUUCUGUUGUCCCCUGCCAUGAUGUUGCUGGAAUAUUGCUAAAAGCGGUGUAAAACCAUACUCACGCACUCACCUUAGGGACAUCUCAAAGCCCAGUGUAAUCGGUCCACAUUGCUGGAGGUUUAUGCAUCUUUCAAAGAUAGAAAUUACGGCUGUUUCUGAUUCAGUGAGUACGUUAUUCUGGUAUGCAACUAUAAAAUAAGAGGACUGAAAUUAUCAGCUUGAAUGUAUUUCAAGGCUGGAAGAUGCAAGUUGGUCAUACCAUUGCUGCUUGUAUUGCUGAUAAAAUGGCAAAGUCAGAGGCAGUAUACAGUUGUGUAGAAUCUUUACAAUUUCACCAGAACAGCUGGAAGGUCGAGUUCCUCAACAGUUCACUAAGUCUCUAACACAGGGAUGAAGAAUGGAAAGAUUGUGAUAAGAUGUAAAUAAUGAAAUAAACAUUUGAACUGUA